GCUCCUCAGCUAGCAGCUAGCUAACUGUUAGCAACACGAACCUCCAGCGGGACACGCUCACCGGUACCGGCCUCGUCUGCGCCCCCUCCCCGUCUCCUGCUCCCGGUGUUCUGCGGUAAUCUCCGUCCUCCUGCUCCGGACCGACCGGUAAACAUCCAGAAACGAUGUCGGCAGUGCAGCGGAUGAAAGUGGCGAACGAGCGGCACAGCAAGACGAUCACACAGCGGGGACACGUCCAGAAGACCACGCGGCCGGUAAACGAUGAUAAGUCUCCGGUGGGUCCGUGGCUUCUCGCUCUCUUCGUCUUCGUGGUUUGUGGAUCCGCCAUUUUUCAGAUCAUCCAGAGCAUCAGGCAGGGCAUGUGAUGACCCUUGACCCCGGAGCUGAGCCGUCACAUGGAAGAGGAGGGGGACACGUCACCGUCAUGACGACACACACACACACACACACACACGUUCCUGUGGAGUUUUUAAAUCUGAUCUUUUUUUCUUCCCACAGUCAACCCAUCUCUCUCUCUUUAUUUUGUACUUCUCUGUGUAAAAAGCUGAUCAGAUAUUGUUUAUUAAUUGGUUGAUUGGUUGCUGGAGUCUUAAGUCUGAUGCAGUCGUCCAGCUGACGGAGACUGAGCUGAGUUUCUCUGAUUUAAAGGAACAAGCCGCUGAUUCUUAACAGCUACGUGACCUGAUGUCAGGUCAUGUGACAUCCUCACACACUCUGUCACGUGCACAGCUCUGAUCUGUCCGUCCUGCAAAAGUCACAUGAUCUCAGCAUUGCUCUCUACUUGGAGGCUUUUAAUGUGAAAAACCAGCAGGAAGUGUUUUGUGUUUGACAAGAUGGAUCCGAGCUGUGGACAAUGUUUUUAAAUCAGACAUAGAUACCUGAGCUCCAGGUAACCAUGGGAACAGGAUCCAGAACUUUUAUUCUGACCAAUCAGACGACACAGGAUCAGUGAGACGACUUUAAUUUCACUUCUGUAAAGAUUUCAUAUUAAAAGCCUCAGUAUCGGGCGUAAGGCUCGGAUUAGGGUUAACUGGUGUUAAUGCUGUGUGCGCGUAACGUUUCAUCAAAACUCAAUAAAGUGACGAGUUGGACUGAAACUACGUUUAGCUGUUCAGCUACUCACUAUGAGUUCAGGGAUUUAUCUGAUUUAAGUGACAUCUGUGUUUUUAACAUCUGAACAGGAAGUCAGAACACGAAUCACAUUCACAGGUUUAAAAAGAAAAGCAGCUGAGCUCUGCAGCGACGUGAUGAACUACAGAACGAAGAAUCAGCUGUUUGCUCCUUUUGAAAUCAGACGUUCGAUUAGAACAACUUUACUGUUUGUCAGGAAGGAAAAAAACUUGAGUCUUUUUGAUGUAAAUAAUUAACAGCUGAUAGAAGCAGCUUCUUCCACCUGGCGCCACAGCCCAGUGCCCCCUGCUGGACGACCUGCUCCACUUUUAUACGAAAUAAACCUCAGAUAUUUUCUCUAAA